AUGAAUUGCAUUCCAGUACUCUACUGCCAGGAUCCUGACACGGGGGUGCUGCAUCCAGUAAAUACAACAUGGCCUUCCCAGUCGUUUUGUGGAAAUUAUACUUGCCAAUUAAGGAAGAAGCAUGAAAACACCUCAGAGCCCGUCAGUCCGAUAAGAAAAAUCAACAUAACAAACAUCAAUAUAAAUUUCCACAAGAGCAAAGAAGAUAUGUCUCAUGCUGCGAGUGAUAAUGUAAAUGUCGGUAUGAGAAUUGAUUCUGGACUGUCGCAUUUGCUUAACAAAGUAAGUUAUGGAGAUAAGAGAGUGAACGAACAAAGGCCAAUCGAUCAUUCUAAAACAGAUACGGAGGGAGAUCGCUAUUUAACCGAAAGUGAAAUAAAAACUAUAACGGAUAUGCUUCAUACGGUUAAGAAGAGUGAUCUAGAAGCAAUAGUGGAUAUAUAUAAUUUAGCACAGGAUAUUUACAAGGAGUUUGGUCAGAAUCCAAGUGAACCGUUAAUUCAAGAAACCAUGACCUCUAUCCAUUCACAUGGCAAUACGAACACAGAGACCAUAAACAAAGAUAAAGAAAAAGUUUCUUAUUGGUACGAGCCCUUAAAUUUCCAUAGCGCUAAGAUCAAACCUCAGACCGACGCAAAGACCGAAGCGACGACGACAUCGACCACAACCAGACAAACGACAAAUAGCAAAGAAAACUUUAAUACGUACUUUAGAGGCUCUUUAACCGACAAAGAUUUUCGUAAAUUGCCCUAUUACUAUCCGAUAUCGAGCUUCCAAAGGGUUUCUGCACACACUCAAGGCGUCAAACAGGAGGAAGCUUCUCAAGCCACAGUUACUGAACGAAAACCAUGUAAAAAGCAAGAGACACCCAUCAGUAACUACGUCUUACCGCCGUGGCUGAACAAAUCCCUAAAGAAGGCCUAUGGAACGGGUACUCAACAAAGCGGUUUCGAUACGGCGCUUCUUUUGCCAUUGCCAUUUGCUUACGUCAACAACAAUAAUUUAAGUGGUUACCCGCCAAAUGUUUACUAUAGCGCAUACAGUGGGUUCCCAUGGGCACAUAUGAGUAUAUACGAUAGGAACCGAAAUUAUCAACAAUCUUACUUGGGAGCAGCGUACGUCGCGCAAGCUCCCAAUGAAUCGGUGUUCAUCAAACCCCACACAGAAGAGGAAGUCGAAACACCCCAGAACAGCAUCACUAAAGAAGAUAUCAUAGAUAUUAUAUCAAAUUUGAAAGAUAAGGAAAUGAAGAAGAUGCCUGAAUGGCAAACGCAUCCACUCCCAGAGAAGGUCAUUGAAGAAGUCAGGGGGCACGCAGAGAAAUCGAAAAUAUUCAAACCUUAUCCCUUAAGAAAAAAAGUUAAAUUUGAAAGAGUUGGCAAAGUUAUUAAGCUUGACGAAAGUUUAAGAUCAAAGAGAAGUGUCAGUGAAUAUAAGAGCACAGUUGAGAAAGAAGAUGAUUACGAAACAUACAUUACUAAGAUUACCUGCGAACCCAGCACUGAGCCGGGAUUCUUCCGCAGAGGGAACAUGAGCCGGCAGUUCCCAGCCUGUUGUCCAGAACGGGUUGAAACGUGGCCG